UAAUAGCUCACAUUUGAUUUAAAUCGAAAUACAAAUUAAAUUGUUCAAUUGCACAAGUUGUUGAAUGUUUGUGAAAACAAUGGAAGCGGAAAGCGAAGAAAAUAGCGGAAUGGAUGACAUACUAUAUCUGUUGCAUCUGGAAUCACUUAAACGUUACACAGAUGCAACCAAAGACGUGAAUCGCCAAGUGGAGGAGCAAGUGCGAAUCUUUUCGGAUGCCAAGCGUGAAUAUAAACGCGAAUUCAUACGCCUGGCCGACUUUAAGAAAUGUGUGAUGCUGUGCAAUGCAUUGGAGGCCAAAAACGCACACAUCGAUGACAGCCAAGUUGAACGCACCGCUAGCGAAUUGUCCAAAGCGAUUGCCCGCAUCUCCAGUGACAAUCGACCCACCAAACUUGAUGUGCCAGCCCUGGAGGAAUGCAAGCGUCAACUGCAGACAAAGCACAAAACGCGUGAUCAGCUAUCGAAGCGCCAGCUGAACGUGGCCGUUAAUCGGGAAACUCUGCAGGCACUCUCCACCACAGUGGACAAUGUGGAGAAGAACUUCGAGGCGGCAACUCUGAUGGCCAUGGAUCAGUUCACCAGCGAGCUGCAAGUGGAGAAUGAGAGUGGAGAAUUGGGGUACUCCUGAUAUGUAUAUUUAAGUGGAGAAUAAGGAAUAAAGUUCUCCGUACAUAAAUAUAUUUAAGUGGAGAAUGAGGAUUAAAGUUCUUUUUACAUAUAUAUUAAAGUGGAGAAUAGAGAAUAAAGCUCUUGUUACAUAUAUAUAUUUAAGUGGAGAAUGGAGAAUAAAGUUCUCCUUACAUAAAUUGAAGUACAUAUCCGGCUGAUUAAAUCUAAAUUAUUAUAUCUAUCAAUUAA